AUGUAUGAGCUAGCACGGACGGUCACCACCACGGGCACCCACACCAUCUCCACCACGUGCUCCACCUCCAUCGACACCACAAGCUCCAACACCUGCACCGACCCAUGCUCCUACACCCUCGCCAACCCGUGCUCCAACUCCUGCAAUCCGUGCUCCGACACCUUCGCCGACCCGUGCUCCGACACCUUCGCCGACCAGUGCUCCGACGCCCUCGCCGACCCGUGCUCCGACUCCUGCACCGAUCCGUGCUCCUACGCCCUCGCCAACCCGUGCUCCCAUGCCUGCACCGACCCGUGCUCCGACUCCUGCACCGAUCCGUGCUCCUACGCCCUCGCCAAUCCAUGCUCCCACGCCUGCACCGACCAGUGCUCCGACGCCCUCGCCAACCCGUGCUCCGACUCCUGCACCGAUCCUUGCUCCUACGCCCUCACCAACCCAUGCUCCCACGCCUGCACCGACCAAGGCUCCGACGCCGUCGCCAACCCGUGCUCCGACUCCUGCACCGAUCCGUGCUCCUACGCCCUCGCCAACCCGUGCUCCCACGCCUGCACCGACCAAGGCUCCGACGCCAUCGCCAACCCGUGCUCCGACUCCUGCACCGAUCCGUGCUCCUACGCCCUCGCCAACCCGUGCUCCCACGCCUGCACCGACCAGUGCUCCGAAACCCUCACCAACCCGUUCUCCGACUCCUGCACCGAUCCGUGCUCCUACGCCCUCGCCAACCCGUGCUCCCACGCCUGCACCGACCAGUGCUCCGAUGCCCUCGCCAACCCGUGCUCCGACUCCUGCACCGAUCCGUGCUCCCACGCCCUCGCCGAUCCGUGCUCCCACGCCUGCGCCGGCCCGUGCUCCUACACCCUCCCCGAUCCGUGCUCCCACGCCCUCACCAACCCCUGCUCCUACGCCAGCGCCAACCCCUGCUCCUACGCCAGCGCCGACCCGUGCUCCAACACCAGCGCCAACCCUUGCUCCUGCACCUGCACUAACCCGGCCUCCGCCCCCUUCUCGAACUCCUGCACCCACACCCAGUCCAACGCCUGCACCACCCCCUACUCCAGCACCUGCACCUCUGCCGUCCUGCCCUGCCGGCUUCAAAAAUUUGUUGGAGUAUAA